AAGGACUCAUCUUGGGGCGCUCGAGUUUUUACCGCACACGACGCAACUACACGGCGCGCUAUAUAAAUAGCACAGCGCCGAGACAAAGCAAGUACAACUUCGAUCUUCGAUCCUAAAAAAUACUCGAAAAUCUGUUUUCCCUUCUGCAUCAAUUAUGUCUGCUCACAGAGACAUUUAUAGGUCUAUAGCACAGCGUUCGAAACUAUAUCCGGUAAUUCCACAAGUAGUAGAAUUCAACUUCCACAGCUAUACUUGCUCGUUUCAAAGACGCACAGCAGUAUGCCUAACUUGUGACCGUUCAGUUUCAGAUGCACCGAACACCACGUCGAAAUUUGUCAAGCACUUGAAAAAACACAGAAGGCGCUAUGAGGAAUACCUCGCGAGCAAGGUUCAAAGGAGACCGAGAAGACGAUCGCGACGACCUCCCCCACCACCAGAUCGAUCACCAUCUCCACCACAAGGUCGUCAACCAUCUCCACAACCACGCCGACAGCCGUCUCCACCAACUUUUAACCAGCCAUCUCCUCCACAGCAGCGUUUACCUUCUCGGCCGCCACAACGCAGACCAUCUCCGCCGCAACAGCGUCGUCGACCUCAACCACGUCAGCGAUACUCGCCGCCAAUUCACCAACCAUCUCAAGCUCGCCGGCGACCAUCCCCACGACAGCUCCCGCCCUCUCAAGUUUACGCCACGAUUUUCGGGGACGAACUCCCGAUGCAAUCGGGACUGUCGGCGACCGUGGACCAACCGUCGACGUCGAUGGCGAUUGAGGAAUCGAGGGACGUAACCGCCGAAAGCAUCGCCUUAUCGGGGGCCAUAGGACAAUCCUCGACUAUGAUGAACAUUGAGAGACCGAGAGUUGUAACCGCCCAAAGCAUAGCGUACGCCUUCCCCGCGGUUGAUGAGGUUGAUGAUGACGACUUCACUUUCCCAUCCACUGAGUCAGAAACUUGCAUUAUUCAGUACAUGAGCGGGUUUGGUAAUGAGUUUGCGACGGAAGAUCCCCGUUGUCCUGGAGCCUUACCGGAGGGUCAGAACAACCCUCAGAAAUGCCCCUAUAACUUGUACGCUGAGCAGCUGAGUGGGACGGCAUUCACGGCUCCGCGGGUCCACAACAAGCGAUCCUGGCUCUACCGACUCCGCCCAUCUGUCGUCCACACCCCCUUCAAGCCUAUCAGCAAUGGGAACAUGACAAAUAAUUGGGACAGCUGGCCACCAAAUCCUAACCAGCUGCGUUGGCGUCCAUUCGAUAUGCCCCAUGAAGGCUCCGGACCAGUUGACUUUGUUCAGGGUCUGAGUACAGUUUGCGGAGCAGGGGAUCCAAGGACCCGACACGGCACUGCCGUACACAUCUAUACCUGCAAUGCGUCCAUGUCAGAUAAGAGUUUUUACAAUUCUGAUGGAGACUUUCUCAUAGUUCCACAGGAAGGGGAGCUCCUCAUCUACACCGAGUUUGGGAAGUUGAUGGUGAAUCCUAACGAGAUCUGUGUUAUCCAGCAAGGAAUGAGGUUCAGUGUGUAUGUGAAUGGACCUUCAAGAGGCUACAUUCUAGAAGUUUUUGAUGGCCACUUCACCCUUCCUGACCUUGGUCCCAUAGGGGCCAACGGACUUGCCAACCCCCGUGAUUUCCUGACCCCGACAGCCUGGUUCGAGGACCGUCCAAGCGAUUACACCAUGAUCAGCAAGUUCCAGGGCAAGCUCUUCUCGGCGAGUCAGAAGCAUUCUCCGUACGACGUCGCAGCGUGGCACGGUAACUACCAUCCUUACAAGUACGACUUGGACAAGUUUAUGGUGAUCAAUGCCGUUGCUUUCGAUCAUGCAGAUCCGUCAAUCUUCACAGUCCUAACCUGCCAAUCCAACAGACCCGGUACUGCCAUUGCUGACUUUGUCAUCUUCCCACCUCGUUGGUCUGUUCAAGAACAUACCUUCAGACCACCAUACUACCACAGAAACUGCAUGAGUGAAUUCAUGGGUCUCAUCAAAGGAAAAUAUGAAGCAAAGGAGGAAGGAUUUCAACCCGGCGGUGCUUCCCUUCAUAGUAUGAUGACGCCCCACGGUCCGGAUGCUACGUGCUUUGAAAACGCUUCCAACGCACCUCUCAAAGCUGAACGAAUUGCUGAUGGCACGAUGGCAUUCAUGUUUGAGACGAGUCUAAGCUUAGCCCUGACUGAAUGGGGAGAUAAAACUUGUCAAAAGGUAGAUCCAAGCUACUACGAAUGCUGGCAACCGCUUCAGAAACGUUUCAAAUCGGAAGACGGCCAAGCGAUGGCGUGAAACCGCUCAAAGUGGAAGAUUCGUCAGCAAUAUCGAUUCUGUUUCUCCAUUCUUGCAGUCACAUGGCAGCUUCGAGAUCAUUAUUUUUUUUUUAAAGGGAAAAACUUGUGGUGGGAAAGAUUUAGAUAAUUGUGAGAUUGCAUUUUUCUUUUUCAUGUAUCAAUAGGAAUGCUAUUAAACUAUUUAAGGAUGCGCUAGCAUUCACGCCUCCCCUCUCCCCCACCCCAGCCAAUAGCUGAAAUGUUCAGGUCAAACAUGUUUGUAGUAAAAGCCAUUGAUGUAGUCGAGGCUGGCUCUCCAAUGUCCUGAAUGUACCAGCCUUGAAUUUAUCACUGGUCCCAGCCGCUUAUUAUAGUAUUAUGGAAAGUCUUCCAAUAACAGUCCCAUUGUAUGAGUUUUGUGUCAGUGAGAAAAAGUAAUAGUGGAUGAAUUCAGGGAUCAGACAAAGAUUGAUAAUGAAGAAAAUGUUUUUUUCUCUGUGUGUUGCUUUCCUUUUAGCCCAGAUUCUAAUCAGUGAGGUCGUAAUUCAUGCUGCAUUACACAAUGGGGAGUAUUUUGUUUGAAUUGAUCAUGUAUUCUUUUUAUUUGUUUCAUUCAUGGAGUGUUUGUUAAAAAAAUUAAAAAAUAUAUAUCAUUACACAGUUCACAUAGUUGAGCUUUAUAAUUGAAAAGGAAUGGUCUCUGGUCACUUUAGGAAAGUCGACACUGAAAUCAGCUACUUGUAUCAU